AGUGUAUGCGAGAGGCGAGAACAGCCGAAAUGGAGGAGAGUCAAACAUCGGAAAGUGUCGCCGUGCUACCGGACAUGUCCGAACCGUUGACGAGCGAAACCGAGGAGGCGUCUGCCCUAACGACCGAGCACAAGGCGCAUCCCGUUACCGUGACGGCGAGCGUCACUCCAGUACCGGGUGUUCCUGGUGUUCCAGGAGUUGGUGUACCGGUUUCUUUGCCUGUUGGUUCUAUCAUUGGUGUAGCAAAUUCAUCCAACGGCACGACCUUCAACGUCAUCACAUCAGACCAACUGCAGCUGCCUGGUUCAGGACAAUUUAAACAGAUGCUAUGUGUGGAUAAUGGUUUCAUUUGUGAACCACGGCAUGACAAAGAUACAGAUUCCUUACGAUGGAAUGGAGAAUUAAAAGCAACACAUAUAGUAAUUCAAAAUAGUACAGAAGAACCUGAAUCAGAACAAAUUCAUGUAUCUACUGCUAGUACUCAACCAAUAUGCAGUUGGUCAGAAUCAGCUAAUUUAGCAGUAUUACCUGUUAGAUGUAAAAAUACAAAUGCAGAAUUACAUAAAAGUAGAUUUGGAUCUGGAGGAAGAGGAAGGUGUAUCAAACUUGGACAAGACUGGUAUACGCCGAGUGAAUUUGAAGCACUUUGUGGUAGAGCAUCUAGUAAAGAUUGGAAACGCAGUAUUCGAUUUGGUGGUAGAAGUUUGCAAACAUUAAUUGAUGAACAAAUUUUAAAACCACAUGCUACCUCUUGUACUUGUGCGGCAUGUUGCGAUGAUGACAGUGCAACAGGUCCUGUAAGAUUAUUCACACCAUAUAAGCGUAGAAGAAGGGCAAGAGAUACAUCUGAUAGUGAAACACCAUCGCGUAAACUUAAAAGUGACAAUUCACGCGAUGGGAGUAAUAAUGAUGAAAGUGAUGGCGAAAUCGUAGUACCUGAUAAAGAAGUAUGGCCUCAGUUCGUUUCAACAGAUGGUUUAGUUGUUCAACAACCACAAGAUCAAGAUACUGUUGUUCAAAAUGUACAUCAAGCGGAAAAUGGACAAUGCGACGAUGUAUUUAAAAAGCUUGACGAAAUGUCCAAUAAAAUGUUAAAGUUAGCUUAUGAAUUUAGGCGUACCUUGGAAGAGGCUAAAGAAGUAAGUAGACAACAAAGAAGAGAGCAAGCAUUAGUGGCACAAUUAGGAGGUAGAGGAGAUGUUAUUGAAACUGUUGGUUUGCAACCAGCAUCGGAUACUCAUAAUAAAAAGUGUGCAAACUGUAAUAGAGAAGCAUUUGCAGAAUGUUCUUUAUGCAGGCGAACGCCUUAUUGCUCUACAUUUUGUCAACGCAAAGAUUGGGCAGGUCAUCAAGUAGAAUGUGUAAGAGGAGCUGCAGAAACUGUAAUGCUUAUAGUUGAAAGUAGUAGUGGAGAUACUAGUGCUCUUGCUACGACUGCUGGGGACCAAUAGCUAGUGUUUCUUACACCUAUUCACCAAAGGAAUAUAGAAAUUGAACAAACUAACAUAGAAAGUUCAAAAUUGAAAAAAGAGAUGAAGACUUAAAAAAAAUUUCUUUAAUGACCAACAAGUCAAAAACUUCUGUAUAUAUAGUAGUAAAUAUUUUGUAUGUAUACAAAUUAAAUUGUAAUGAUAUUAUAAGUAAAUAAGUAAAUUUACAUGAAAAUUGAAAUUUUCUAAGAUCAUGAUACAAAAAAUUAUAAAUGAAAUAUAUAUAUAUAUAUAUAUAUAUAUAUGGAAAAUUGUGAACCAAAUAAUUAUAAAAAUAGAUGAUAUGCGUGUAUAAAUACACUUAUUAUGUAUUUUAAGAAUACAAAGACUUUAGCAUAUAUAGGCGCGCGUAUUUACGUAUACACAUGUAUAUGUAUGUGUGUAUCUAUGUGUGCGUGCGUGCGUAUGUAUGUGUAUGUGUGGUGUGUGAUGUGUGUUAUAUAUUGCAAAGCCGCGCAGGCAGUCGCCCAUAUUGGAAUUUUUCAUAUUGCCAUAAAUAGAGCAAAAAUCAGUGAAUCUUUGCAUGAGUAAUAAUCUGAAACCAAGUAUCAUAGUAUGAUAUUUACAUAUGUUUUUAAGUAUUGUUAAAGUUUUAUAUGCUUACCUAUGCAGCUAUGUAACAUAGGUAAUGUACAUUGUAACAUUUCACUUUGAUAGCUAUCAUUGCCUGCAAUUUAUCAUUCACAAACGAUGACAAGCACUCUUGUAUGCGACAUUCCUACUUGCGCGGCUCUGAUGUAUUGUAUUACACAUGUUAAAAAAUAUACUUUUACUAUUAUAAAUAA